CGAAAUCCGGAAGAAAAACAAUCGGGAGAGGGAGCUGGCCGGGGGCACCUGCUGCCCGAGGGGGGCCGAUCGGGCCAGGACAGGCUGCGGCGGGGAGACCCGAGCCGGCCGGGCCACCGCGUGGGGACGAUGGCGGCCAUGAACCCACAGACCGAGCUGAGAGUCAGGACGCUCAGCGUACAUGUCGUGACAUGGAACGUGGCCUCUGCAGCACCCCCUCCAGACCUCAGUGAUCUGCUUCAGCUGAACAACCUGAACCUGGAUCUGGACGUGUAUGUCAUUGGUUUGCAGGAAAUGAACUGUGGGAUCAUGAGCCUCCUUUCCGACACUGCCUUUGAAGACCCAUGGAGCAGUUUCCUCAUGGAUGUGCUUUCCCCUCUGAGCUUCGUCAAGGUCUCCAGUGUCCGCAUGCAGGGGCUCCUCUUACUGAUCUUUGCCAAGUAUCAGCAUUUGCCCUUUAUCCAGAUCCUCUCUACUAAAGCCACCCCCACUGGCCUCUUCGGGUACUGGGGGAACAAAGGGGGCGUCAACAUCUUCCUGAAGUUUUACGGCUACUAUGUCAGCAUCAUCAACUGCCACCUGCCCCCCCACAUGGCCAACAAUGACCAGCGGCUGGAGCACUUUGACCGGAUCCUGGAGAUGCAGAAUUUUGAGGCACAGGAUAUCCCCAACAUCCUGGACCACGACCUCAUUCUUUGGUUUGGAGACAUGAACUUUCGGAUUGAGGACUUUGGGUUGCACUUUGUUCGGGAAUCCAUAAAAAAUCAGUGCUACAGCGACCUGUGGGAGAAGGAUCAGCUCAGCAUUGCCAAGAGACACGACCCGCUGCUCCGGGAGUUCCAGGAGGGCCCCCUGCUCUUCCCGCCCACCUACAAGUUUGAUAAGAACUCCAACAACUAUGACAGCAGUGAGAAAAAGCGCAAGCCCGCGUGGACCGACCGCAUCCUGUGGAGGCUGAAGCGGCAGCCCCAGGCCGCCAUCCACACCCCGACGCUGUCAGCCCCCCACUUCACCCUGUUUCUGAGGAGCUACGUCAGCCACAUGCUGUACAGCAUCAGUGACCAUAAGCCUGUCACUAGCACCUUUGACUUGGAGCUGAAGCCAUUGGUAUCUGCCCCACUGAUCGCCCUGCUGCCUGAGAGCCCGUGCACCAACGAGAGCGACAUGCUGAUCAGCUACUCCCUGACUGCAGACUUCCUCAGCAGCCCCUGGGACUGGAUUGGCCUGUACAAGGUGGGGCUGCGCCACAUUAAUGACUACGUGUCGUAUGUCUGGGUCAGGGACAACCAGGUCUCCUUCAGCGACGGGCUGAACCAGGUGUACAUCGACAUUAGUGACAUCCCUGAGACUGAGGAUCAGUUUCUCCUUUUUUACUAUAGCAACAACCUACAUUCUGUGGUGGGGAUAAGCAAACCCUUCAAGAUCCAGCCUCGCUCCUUCUUGGCGGAGGGCCCCCUGGAUGAAGCCCAGCCACAGAUCUGAGCCAGGAUAGAGUGAAUCCAGGGUGGAGGCUGGAGCUGGCAGCCGGCUCUGCCUACCACUGCCAGGAGUGCUGGGGGCCCAGCCCGGCCCCCUGAGGAGGCAGCGGUAUCCUCCACCUCCCAGGGGGACCUCUAGCCACACUCCUUUGCUCUCUCCAGUCCAGAUCUCUGGAAUCAGCUCCUUAAGUACAGGUUUUUGUUGAUGAGGUGUGAGUGAAACCAGCUAGUUUGUCAACAGUGAAGAUCUAGACAGUCCACUGGAUGUGGGAAGGACCCUCCGGCCUGCAUCUCAUUUCUUGAUUCCCCCC